UAACCCAUCUGAAAGUGAGCUGGAACGGUAAGCCGAAUUGGAUAAUAAACAUCUUAUUUUUGAGAAGUAGUAACUCUCUCCAUUGAAAGAAAACACGAUGCAAUUAGUUUUUUUAUUGGUACUUGCAUUCACCAUUCUGUUCGGGUUCACUGAACGAACGGAGGGUUUUCCUAACGAUACGAAGAAAGUUUCAUUAAAAGAAAUAAAAGAGCCGAAAGAAAUAAAGGAAAGUGCCACGGCGUCUAAAGAUGUAAAGGAUGCUAUAAAGGCCGCUAAGGAAGCGAAAAAAAACAAGAAAGAAUGUGCUAAAGAUUGCGGCCCAUAUGAUCCUAUUUGUGCUUACGAUCCUUCUGAUUCUUAUGGUAGAUCUUGGGACUUUUGUACUGAAUGUGAUAUGGAAGUUCACAACUGCGAAACAGGAUCGAAAUUGGUUAUGAAAAGCAGAGGCGAAUGUACAGGAGUUAAUGGAGUAAGAUUGUCAUAAAAUAAGGAUAACUGGACAUGUCAUUUAGUUUAUUUCAAUAUUG